AUGCAGGCUCUUCGGCCGGUCCUGCUUGGUCGCGCACUUCCAAAGAACCGAACCGCCCAGCUCGCUCGCUCUGGCUUCCUGUUGAAUGUCUGUCGAGCGCAGCACGACCACCAUGGCCCUCACAAGGAAUACUUCCAGACGCCCGGGCAAAUGCCCGUUCCAGACUCGAGCCCUUACACGCACGGUCAACCGUACAUACCGAAAAUACAGACCGUCCCUUCUCCUCCUCCCGGUGCCGGUGCUAGUUUCUCGCUCCUGAAAAGCUUCAGUCGAUCCGUGUUUUGGGCCGUCCUUUUCGGGUCCUUGGGUGUCGCGGCCGGCACAGCGUUGAUCACAUGGGAGUACCUCCAGCCGCCCUUCGAGCCCGGGUCGCCGGCGGAACAGGAACUCUACGACGAAAUCCUCGACGCGAUGGAGCUUCACCCCUUGGUGGACUCGCUGCGGCAGGCGAAUUGGAUAGAAGAGAAUUACUACGCGGCUGCGCCUGUUCACGGCGGCGGCGCUCUGGAGAAUAGAACAGGGCUACACCUGGUGGCGGAGACACUUUCAGGGACGCAAGGAGUGAGCAUGAAGACAUUCAAGCACCCGACGCAGGAGUUUACCAUCAUGGUUGCCUUUUUGGGGUUCGGCGUAGAGGGCUGGCCAGACACAAUCCAUGGCGGGACCAUCGUGACUCUGAUUGAGGAGGGCGUGCAACGACAGAUUCACAACUUCUACAAGACAUACGGAAGCCGGGACCAGCAGACGAUUUCCAUUGACUUCAAGAGACCUAUGCGGCCUGGAGAAAUAUAUGCGGUGAUUGUCCCACCGGCCCAGUUGGAAUCAAAUCCAGGUCCAGGGAUGAUGCACCUUCAGAUGACGCCCAUGGUGGUGAGGAUCGAGGCUCCUCCACGGAUCACGCCCGAGUUGCUCACGAUCGAAUUGCCGUCUCUUGAUGAGUUGCAUGCGUUAGCCAACGUCCAGGUUCGACUCGUGCAGUCCAAAAGUGAAGACGCAACGGCGGAGCUCGAGGGCGAUGUAGCCUCGAAAAAGAUCGACUGA